AUGCAUGCAUGCAGCGAGGCUGCCUCCUGCCUCUGCUCCCAGCUCCUUUGUCUCUGCAUCCAGGGGGGAGGAGGAGGAGGAGGAGGAGGGCCACUUCUCCAGCAGCUGCAGACACAGGGGCUGGGGAAGGAAGGCAAGGCUGAGGGAUGGAGAAAAGAUGUCCCCCAGCCCUUGGCUCCGGCUGCCCCAGCAGGCCGCUACACUGUGCCCCCCGUGCCUGCACCGUGCCCUCCUAACACACCCAGCCCCCCAAGACCCCGUGCACCCUGGCCCCUCUCCUUAGCGAUGCUGCAGCAGGCCCAGCUCCUGCUCCAGCCCCAGCCCGGGGUGCUCUGCAGAUGGGCUGCGGGUCCGGGGAGAGCAGGCUUCAAGCAAGGUGCAGGGGUCUGGAGCCGGGUGGAGAGCCCAUCACGGCUGCAGAGUGCAUCUGUGCAUUGGGCUCAGGUCGUGCUGGCACCCAGCGUCCACUGCCCUGGGGUCCAUCGGGUUGCAAAGGCUGCAGGAAGGCAGGAUGGAGGGUCCUUGGGGUGGACGGGGUGCUUGGGAGUGUGGCCCCUCCGGGCCUCCAGAGCCAGCACGGAGAGGGGAUGCACGGAGGCAGGGAGGGGCCGCGUGGCAGGCCGUCAGCCCCCAGGGACAUCUCCGGAUCCUUUGUCUCCUGCCAGAAAGCAGCAGCUGGGCGGCGUCCCCCAUUUUGUAGCCCGUACAUCCGCCUUGCAGCCAGCACAGCUGCACCGCCAUCAGCCAGGCGUGCCGCUGCCCCACCCUGCUCUCCCUCCCUCGCACAUGCAUGCACACACGCGUGUAUGCACGUGA